AUGCAUUUCAAAGUACAUGGUCGCCAGCUCCUCCAUGGGCUCGAAGCUUUGAACCGGCGUCGCCCCGAGCUGCGAUGGCUACACAAGACCCAAAGCUGCGGAAACAUGUGCAACACGGCAACAAGAAGUGAUGGCCAGCCUACCUCGAAGCUGCUUCUACAGCUAGGCGGAAACCGCAGCGUUCGAGCCAUGAGCCGGACCGAGGUGCGACAGAUCAUCCUGAGCCUGAAGCAGCCGCCAUCGGGAUACGACUGUCAGUUCUAUGAGUUCUAUGCUCUAAGUUCGCCAAGUUUGGGGAUGUCCUUGCCGUGCAGUGCUCUUCUCACUGCCUGGCUCGAGAGCUGA